AUGUACCGCAUGGAGCAGACGAGGAGGACGAUGAUGCUUUUCCUCCUCCUCUCUCCCUCUCGAUCGAUCGCAGGGCUCAGGCUCGGCAAAGGCUCUCGACAACCUGCCAGCCUCUCAGUGCUGCUCCUCCCCUCGCUCCUCCGGGCCGUCGAACCGUCCUCCCUCCUUCCCCUGUGCAGCAUCCUGUACCGUUGGAAGAUCAAGACGUUCUUCGAGGACAAGGACGCCUCCCUGGAUAGACUCGUCCUCAAGCUGCAGCACAAGCACCUCGCUCACCUCGUACGGCGAUGGUGGCUGCUGUGCGGGGAGCAGCGAAAGAUCAAGAGACGGAUCGUGGUGCUCCUGAGCUCCCAGGGGUCGAGGAAGAGCGUCGAGCUCUUCCUGGCAUGGAAAGCGCUGAUGGUGAGGAAGAAGCGACAGCAGAGGAUGGCGGGGAAGAUUUCUCGAUCUCUCACCCUCGAAAACUUCAUGAGGUAA